GGAGGCAGGAAGGUCACUCCGGCAGCAUCGGGAAUGUGAACUUCCUGCAGGCAGUGGGGAAAAUGCACCCCGGGAGAAAGCAGGGGUCCAGACGAGGAAAUGAGCCAGCAAGGCUCGGCGUGAGCCAGCUCUGAGGAGUCCAGCGGCUGCCAGGGGAGGGCCGGCAGGUCGUGAGAAAAGCCAUGUCGGAGGCUAUGGACCUGUCCUUCCUGUCGGAGGCUGAGAGGGAGGUGAUCCUGCAAGUCCUGCAGCGAGAUGAAGAGCUCCGCAAAGCGGAAGAGAAAAGGAUCAGGCGGCUGAAGAACGAGCUGCUGGAGAUCCGGCGCAAAGGGGCCAAGCGAGGCAGCCAGCGCUACAGCGAGCGGACCUGUGCCCGCUGCCAGCAGAGCUUGGGCCGGGUGAGCCCCAAGGCCAACACCUGCCGCGGCUGCAACCACCUGGUGUGUCGGGACUGUCGCUCCUACAGCGUCAACAGCACCUGGCGCUGCAAAGUCUGCACCAAGGAAGCGGAGCUGAAGAAGACAACCGGCGACUGGUUCUAUGACCAGAGAGUCAAUCGCUUUGCAAACAGGCUGGGGAGCGACCUCGUGCGAAUGUCCCUUCGGCGCAAGCCUCCAGCCAACAAAAGGGAAACAGUGGGGCAAACCCUCCUGCAGCAGGCACAGCCGAGCGAGCCGAAAGACUCCACCGUGGCAGAGCAGAAGAGUCCCCAGGAGCGACAGAAGGAGCCCAGCAUGCCCCCUGAAGCCUUGGACCCACGAGACGGGAGGAGUGAUACCGAGUCCAUGGAGAACAUGAGUCUGGAUGGGUACAGACCCCAUGUCAGCUCCAGGAGAAACUCCCUGGAGAAAACCGUCACUUUCCAAGAGGGGAAGCAAAGGCCAGGUCCCGUGGGCACCAAAGGAUCCACCCUGCCCAUCCCCAGCCGCUCCCGAGACGCUCAUCUCUCCGGCUCAGAAAGCGAAGCUCGUGUGGGGAGUCCCGGGGCGGCAUCCGCAGAUGAGAAUGAAACCGUCUUUAAGAAGAAUCCCAAGAGAAUCCUGAGGCCUUCAGAGUACACCAAGUCCGUCAUCGACCUGCGCCCGGAGGACGUGGGAAGUGAAAGCGGCUCCUUGGGAGACAGAAGCAAGUCGGUCCCAGGUCUCAACACUGAAGUGGAGGAGGAGGAGGACAUCGACAACCUGGUGGAGAUCCAUCGCCGGAGGACGGCCAGAGGCAGCAUGCGCAGUGGCACCUCUUCGAGCACGCUGGGGAGCAUGGUCAGCAUCUACAGCGAGGCCGGGGACUACGGCAACAUCUGCGUCACGGGAGAGAUCGCCUUCUCGCUGAGCUACGAGCACACGACGCAGACCCUCUUCAUCCACGUGAAGGAGUGUCGCCAGCUGGCCUAUGCUGACGAGGCCAAGAAGCGCUCCAACCCAUACGUCAAGACGUACCUCCUGCCUGACACCUCCCGGCAAGGCAAGCGCAAGACAACCAUCAAACGCAACAGCAUCAACCCUCUGUACAACGAGAUGCUCAAGUAUGAGAUCAACAAAUCCCUCCUGCUCUCCAGGAUCUUGCAGUUCUCAGUGUGGCACCACGACCGCUUUGGCCGAAACACCUUCCUGGGGGAGGCAGAGAUCCCCAUGGGUUCCUGGAACUUUGAGAGCCAGCUGGAAGAAUGCCUCCCCUUGCAUGGCAAGGAUGGUGCUGGCUCCCAGCAGUACCGAGGGGAGUUGGUGGUUUCCAUGAAGUACAUCCCUUCCUCCAAACACCCUGGGGGCAACGGGAAAAAGGGCAAAGGGCAGGAAGGAGGUGAACUCCAGGUCUGGAUCAAAGAGGCCAAGAACUUGAUAGCUGCCAAAUCUGGAGGGACCUCAGACAGCUUUGUCAAGGGCUACCUGCUGCCACUCAGAAACAAGGCCACCAAGAGGAAGACUCCUGUGAUGAAGAAGACCCUGAAUCCUCACUACAACCACACCUUUGUCUACAAUGGCAUCAGCCCCGAGGACCUGCAGCACAUCUGUCUGGAGCUGACUGUCUGGGACCGCGAGCCACUGUCCAGCAACGACUUCCUGGGAGGUGUCAGGCUGGGCGUUGGGAACGGUAUGAGUAAGGACCAGGUGGUGGACUGGAUGGACUCCACAGGGGAGGAGGUGAGCCUGUGGCAGAAGAUGCGCCAGUUCCCAGGAUCCUGGGCAGAAGGAACACUCCAGCUCCGCUCCACCAUGGCCAAGCCGAGACCAUAGCCUGGGCGCUGGGCCCAAGGCCAGUUCCAGCGAGGCGGCACCCGGCAGAGCAACCGCAGCACUAGCAAGGGCCACAGCCAGGAUCUAAGGGAGUGGGGAGCAGGCUGUGCCUUCUGCCCGUGUAGUAAUAAAGCUAAUUGUCUUCAGCAGGCUCAGGCUC